GGGAUCCAUAUGCUCGCUUCUGCGACUUCAACAGCAACGAGUGCUUCGUCGUCUUGCCCCCAGCAGCAACAGCAGCAGCAGCUGCUGCUGCAGCAGGAGAACCUGCAUGCAGCCCCAAGAUAAAGCCCUGGAACAAAUGGAUAAUCUAUGAGCUGCACCCGUCUACCUUUGUUACUCCAGAGAAGGGCAAAACCGUGUUUGAGGCGAUCGCGGAUAAAGUAGAGUACAUUGCCUCCUUGGGUUUCACAGCAAUAGAGUUGAUGCCCAUACAAGAGUUUGGGGGGUUGUGGGGUUAUAACCCUCGUCUGCUGCUGGCUGUUCAUUCGCCUUAUGGAAACCCUCAAACCCUCGAAGCCCUCGUUAGGUGCUGCCACAAGCACGACAUUGCGGUGAUAUUUGACUUGGUGCUCAACCAUGGUUCUGCGAAGCUGAAUUCGCUCUGGAAUUGGGAUGGCUAUGGACCCCACAACAACGGGGGUAUUUACUUUGAAGGUGGGGAGGAGUCAGCAUGGGGAAGAAAAUUUUCUUUCGGCAAACCGCAGAUAAGGAAGAUGAUUAAAGAUGCUGCUGCAGCAUUUAUAGAUGAAUACAAGUAG